AUGUCAGGUAAAGUGAGUAAAGCACAAAGGAAGAUAAACAACAAAUAUAUAAAUGAUUUGAAAAAGAAACUAGCUGCUUCAAACAAAAACAAGGAAGAAAGACAUGUUUUAAAACCUCAAACUGAUGAUGAGUCAGAAGAUGAACUAAAGAAGGAAGAAACAUCGACUGAUCCAACUGAAGAGGAAGAAGCAAAUUUGAAAAAGUCAUUCAAAGAUUUUGGAUUGAAAGAUGAUAUACUAGAAUCCAUUGAAAGCUUGAAUUAUGAUAAACCAACUCCAAUUCAAGCACAAUCGCUAGGGCCAGCUUUAGAAGGUAGAGACAUUAUUGGUAUUGCACAAACUGGCUCAGGUAAAACUGCAGCAUUUGCGAUUCCUAUUUUGCAGGCUUUAUGGGAAGCACAAACUCCCUAUUUUGCUUGUGUGCUAGCACCAACAAGAGAAUUAGCGUAUCAAAUAAGAGAAACCUUUGAUGCAUUAGGAUCGAAUAUGGGUUUGAGGUGCUGUACCAUUGUUGGUGGUAUGGACAUGAUGGAGCAGGCGAGAGAAUUGAUGCGUAAACCGCAUGUGGUUGUUGCAACCCCGGGAAGAUUAAUGGACCACUUGGAAAACACCAAAGGUUUCUCCUUGAGAGCUUUGAAGUUUUUGGUUAUGGACGAGGCAGACAGAUUGCUAGAACUUGAAUUCGGGCCUGUUUUAGAUAAAAUAUUGCAGAUAAUUCCAAGAAAAAGAACCACCUACUUGUUUUCAGCUACGUUGACUUCUAAGAUUGACAAGUUACAAAGAGCUUCUUUAAAUAAUCCGGUUAAAGUUGCUGUUAACAACAAGUAUUCCACUGUUGAAACACUAAUCCAAACAUUGAUGGUUGUUCCUGACGGCUUCAAAAACACAUACCUUGUGCAUAUUCUCAAUGAACAUGUUGGAAAAUCCAUCAUCAUUUUUACAAGAACAUGUGCACACGCUCAAAACAUCUCUUUACUUGGAAGAAUUCUUGGGUUUUCUGCCAUUCCAUUACACGGUCAGCUUACUCAAGCCCAAAGACUAGGAGCAUUGAACAAAUUCAAGUCAGGGGACAAAAAUAUCUUAGUUGCUACAGAUGUUGCUGCAAGAGGUUUGGAUAUUCCGUCUGUUGAUUUAGUUAUCAACUACGAUAUUCCUACAGAUUCCAAGGCGUACAUCCACCGAGUGGGCAGAACCGCUAGAGCUGGUAGAUCUGGAAAGUCAAUAUCACUUGUUACCCAGUAUGACUUAGAACUCAUCUUGAGAAUCGAAAAAGUCAUUAACAUGAAACUACCAAAGGAAACACCACCUAAGAACGAAAUUUUGGCACUGCAUGAUUCUGUCGACAGAGCAUCUGCAGAAGCAAUUCGUCAAGUGAAACAAUUCCACAGCAACAGAAAGACACGUCGUUAA